AUGAAGGCUGCAAAGAAACCAGCUACGGCUGGAGUCAGCACCAAGGCUGAACGAGAGGCUGAUUUGGUGAUGGGAACUAAUAAUAGCAGCAUUGUGUCCAAGCGGAGCGUCGAAUUACUAUACUACACCAAGCCCCAUUUCUUCAGAUAUUUCGUGAAGAAACCCCCGAGACGAUCGCCUUUGAUCAAUCGUGGAUACUGGCUUCGCAUGCAUGCUAUGGCGGAGUCGGUUCGGCGGUUUAUGAGGCAGCCGUCUGAUAAACCCAAAUUCGUAUUGAAUCUUGGAUGUGGAUUUGAUCCAUUACCGUUCAUACUCCUGAGUACCGAUAAAUCCUUGUGUAGUACCACGAGGUUCGUGGAUAUCGACUAUGAGAAGCUGAUGGUCAGCAAGAAGACGGCCAUUCGCAGGACAGACGAGAUUACCCAGCUUCUUGAGAAUGUAGAAUUUCUCUCGGAUGAAAGUCCAAUCCAGAUCCGCAGCGAGCAAUACUUGGCGAUUGGUUGUGAUCUGAAGAACCUCAAGAAGCUAGAUGAUGUGCUGAAGACAGAGGUCCUUCCGUCUGAAUGCUCUAUUCUGUUCCUGGCAGAGGUCUCUCUGACCUACAUGGAUGUCAAGUCUGCCAAUGCUGUGUUGGACUGGGCCUCAAAGCUCAACAAUGAUUCUCAGUUCUGUAUAUUGGAACAGUUCUUCCCUGACGGACCCAAUCAUCCUUUUGCUUCAACAAUGAUGAAGCACUUCAACAAACUCGGAGCGCCCUUGUACUCAAUCCACGAAUAUCCUUCACUAAGUGAGCAAGAACAUCGAUUUAGAAAUGCCGGCUGGGCACAUGCGCAGGCUAGAAGUCUCUGGGAUCUCUGGUCAGAUCAGGAAUUUCUCGGAAGUUCUCUACGAGCAUGGCUUGAUACAGUCGAACCGUUCGAUGAGUGGGAAGAGUUUGCGCUCUUUGCCUCGCAUUACUUCUUGCUCGUCGCUUCUACGAAACCACCUACCUCUGUUCAGGAGUCUCAGAAGACGCCGACAUUUACUAAGGAGCCCGAUGUAUCCUCACAAUAUGUGCUGCUUGCGGGCAACGACCCGAGAGGCGGGCAGAGGAGGUUCGGGGCCCUCAUCCCGGACAGUGAAAAUUCUAUGGGUCACCAUUCGGGUUUAGGCCGUCAGACUCGCGAUGUGUCGACAGAUCUCUACAGCAAGCGCAAGGGUAUGACUACCCCGCAGCUUCCAUUUCCUCCACGAGAGAUCUCUGCGCGGAUGUGUCACACGGUGACUAGCCUGAGCGGUGGUGACUGCUUGCUCGUUGGUGGGAGAGCGUCACCUGCAAACGCAUUUCAAGAUUGCUGGUUGCGACAGGGAAAGCAGUGGCAGUCCACCCAGAGUCUCCCAGCUCCUCGCUUCAGACACAGCGCGGUCAAGAUUACCCUUGAGACAGGUUCGGACUCAGUCCUUGUGUACGGCGGGAGAUCUAGCGACGGAUCGAUCUUUGACACUUGGUUAUUAUGGCAAACAAACAGCAACGGAUGGCAGGAAGUUGAGAUACAAGGCGCAAGACCUCCUGCUCGAUUUGGGGCCUGUCUAGAGAGCAUCAACCGGACCACAGGCGUCCUGUUCGGAGGCAUUGGCUCCGACGGAAUCAUCAAUGAAGACUUUUGGAUAUGGAAGAUAUGCCAGCGCAGUGACGGUUCUGUGUUUCUGGAGUUGACCGAUCAUACCGAGCACCUGCAACAAACACCUCUGGGUCAGUACAUCCACCGAUUUGGAUCCACUGUCACACGGACUCCUUUGGGGAUGGUCAUAGUCGGUGGAAUUAUUCCUCGACAGAUUGUCCCAUAUGAAUGUGAAAUCAUGUUGCUUGAUGUAGGAGAGCUCCUUAAAUGCGUCGAAAGCGAGUCGUCCUGGGGCCACGAGAUUCUGUCUGCGAUAGGACUGGGUGCUAACUUGCAGGGUCCUAGACCGUUGCUUGUCGGUCAUGUGGCCUGUGCGAUUGACCCAGGCCAGGUUUUGAUACUGGGAGGUGGCGCAGUUUGCUUCUCGUUCGGCACAUUCUGGACGGAAGGGAGCUGGGUUCUGAGGUCGGCCGGGUCUACAGCCCAGAACGAUUGGACUCUUGUUCCUGAAGCUACGCAUACUCCGACAUCUGUCCCAUCUCCCACUGUUCCACAAAUCGCAGGCUGCAGCGCUACUUCGAAAAUCUCAUCGAUUCGUCGUAUACGAGUCGACACCUCCGAGCAAUUCCAGCAGAUCUUGGCUGAUGGCAAGCCGGUGAUCAUUGAGGGGUCAGACAUUGGACCUUGCACCGAACUCUGGACGAAGGAAUAUUUGACAGAUGCUGUGGGAAGUGAUCGCAAGGUCGUGGUUCAUGAGAGUCGGUCGGAAAACAUGAAUUUCCAGGCGAAGAAUUUCUCCUAUGUGACCAAGACUUUCGGGGACUUCUUGGACGAGGUUCAUGCGGGUGCUCGCCAGUAUCUCCGAAGCAUUUCCGCUGAACAACCAUCCAAGCUUCCUGCCAACCUUGCGGCGGAUUUCCCUGGUCUAAAAGAUGACUUUAAACUCCCUGAGGCACUCUCAUUCGUGACAGAAAAUGCCCACAGCUCUCCGUUAAGAAUUUCAGGGCCGGUUACUAUGUGGCUCCAUUACGAUGUAAGUCCAACCACCAAACAUGAGGGAUGGAAGCUCAGAGUGGCUGAUCACUCUGCGCAGGUGAUGGCGAAUGUCUUAUGCCAAAUCCGAGGGGAGAGGAGACUGGUACUCUUCCCUCCCACUGACGUGCAAUACUUGCAAGUGCCACCAGGAGCCUCUAGCUCUACCACCGAUAUUUUCCAGAAUAUCAAAAACGGCUCUGUCGUCUCAAUUCCACACACGUCGCCGCAAGAAGCUGUGCUGAACAGUGGCGAUAUUUUAUUCAUCCCACCGAUGUGGCUGCAUACUGCUUCUCCAACUGGCGGGGUCAGUGUUGCAGUCAAUGUAUUCUUCCGCAGCCUGCCCAAAGGAUAUGCUGCUGGUCGAGACGUCUACGGCAACCGUGACUUGCAGGCCUAUGAGAAAGCCAGAGCUGACAUUCAGAAGAUGGUGAGGUCUUUCGACGGUCUCCCAUCUGACAUAUCUCGCUUCUAUCUGCUGAGGCUCGCGCAAGAACUGAAAGACAGCGCCGGAAUAUAA